AUGGCUAGACUGCGACACAGGUACAGCACGGGCACGACGUACGGACAACCCCAACCCCAACCAUCUCCCUCAAACGCUAAGCCAGCCCCUCAGGACGCCUUCGCCAUCCUCCUCGCCGCCUACGAUCCCUGCCUCCACCUCCUCGGCAUCAGCACCGUCCACGGCAACGCCUCCCUCGCGCAGACGACCAAUAACACGCUGAGCGUCCUCGCCGCGAUCGGGAGGCCCGACGUGCCCGUCCAUCCUGGGGCCGCGAAGCCGUUCUGCAGGAACGCGGUCCACGCUGCUGAUAUACAUGGCGUUUCCGGUCUCGAUGGCACGACCCUGUUACCGAAGCCUGCGGUAGGGCCCGUUACGAAGCCGAAUGCUGUCUUGGCUAUGCGGCAUAGGUUGAUGGAACAGCCUGAAGGGACUGCGUGGCUGGUGGCUACGGGGACGUUGACGAAUGUGGCAUUAUUGUUUGCUACGUUUCCGGAGCUCGUGGAGCAUCUUAAGGGCUUGAGUGUUAUGGGUGGUGCUAUUGGUGGUGGUUUUACGGAUGCACCUAUGGGACAUGUGAAGGGCGAAGGGGAGAGGUUUGGGAAUUGGACGAGGUGGGCGGAGUUUAACAUCUAUGUGAGCGCUAUCUGCAGUACUUGGAGUUGA